GCAGCAGCAGCAGCAGCGUGUUUCUGCUGGAUGCAGCCAGUCAGUCAUUGUUGAGCGUCACAGGUUUCAGCUGGCGAUCAACAAACUAGAGUUUCAACUGCUGGAAAGCUGACAGAGACCAAGUGAAGGGGGGGAAAUAAUCGGACUAUUUUUUGUGUUGAGUGUUUUUUUUCUCCACGGAGAAGCGAAGAGAAAAUCCACAGCGAUCACUUUGGACUUGAUGAGAAAGUCUAGACGUCCCGCUCUUGGAGAGACCAGCGGAAUAUGAUUUGAAUCAAGGGAACGUAAAACGCUGUUGCUCGCUAACAGGAUGAAUCUCUGCUUGCUUCAUGCCGUCAUGCUACUGUGGGCCCUGUGCCCCAGUGCUCAGACCCAGUGUGAUAGACCAUCCCAGACCAACAAGCUGAACCUCUCGGUUACCUAUGAGCUCCCAGUGUUCACUGCAGACUUCCCCAUCCAGAAUAUGGUGACACUGGAUGGGAUCAUCUACGUGGGCGCUGUGAACAGAAUCUACGCCCUGGCCCCGAACCUCACAAAGCUGUCAGAGUACCACACCGGGCCGCUGCUUGCCAAUGAGACCUGCGGUCAGACAGUGACGAGCACAAGCAGCAGUGGCAGUAAAGUGGACAACCACAAUAUUGCUUUGGUGGUGGAGAACAUUUACGACAAGGGGUUGUACAGCUGUGGCUCAGCAGACAAUGGUGUUUGCCGCCGUCACGUCCUGGAUGACGGCAUUAGCCCAAAAACCGUUGAUGAACAGGUCUACUGCUUCGCCGACAAGGUGAGGCAAGGCAAGGGCCAUCCCAUUGACUCGGAUAUGGUGGUCAGCGCUUCAGGAUCUCAGGUGCUCAAUGUGGAAAGCAACGUCAUCAAGUUUUUUGUUGGUAACUCUGAGAUCCCGGGCCUUGGAAACGUACCUGGCACUGCAACACAUCCCCAUACUAUUUCUCUACGGAAGAUGAAGACGAGCCAGAACGGCUUCACAUUCUUUUCCAACCGCUCCUACAUGGACCUGAUUCCAUCCCUACGUGGAAACUAUUACCUGCGAUAUGUUUACUCCUUCCAUAGUGGACCUUUCACCUACUUCCUUACAGUGCAGCGCGUGAGCAAAGACUCCCAGGCCUACCACACUCGCAUAGUCCGUAUGUGCUCCUCGGACCUCGUGAUCCGGCGCUACGUGGAGAUGCCCCUGGAAUGCAUCAGCACUGAUAAAAGACGACGUCGCUCUGCAGAAGAUGUGAAAGUAUUCAACAUCCUCCAAGCAGCCCACGUCACCAAGGUGGGCAAUGACGUUGACCUGCAGAAGCAGCUAAAAGUGGAGGAGGGUGAUGAUGUGUUGUUUGCCGCCUUUGCCCGAGGGAAGCCAAACUCUCCGGAGCCGACCCCUAACUCAGCCAUCUGCGUCAUGUCCCUGAAACACAUCAACAAGAUGUUCAAGAUGUACAUGCAGAAGUGCAACACAGUAGACCCGUAUCACUUCACUGGAUCAGACAAGAGGUCCUGCUACAAUGUGACUUCAUCUGAUGACUGUGACCUACAUGAGGGAAUUCAUGAAGGGAAAGAGAGCAAAUAUCGCCUGCAGGUGACCCAAUUUGUCCAAAGGCUGGAGUACUGGCACAAAGAGUUGACGAACACCUUGGUUACCUCCAUAACAGUGGUGCCAGUCCAUGGCCGUGCAGUGGCAUACCUUGGCUCUGCCGACGGUCGCCACAUACAGGUGCUGUUCUCUCGAUUUGCUUCUCCUCAUGUCAACAUCCGCCUGGACACCAGACCUGUCUCUGCCAGUGUAGCACUGCUGGACACUGGCGGCUCAGAUGGAGCUCUCCUGAUGGCCACAGGAAACAAGAUCACUAAGGUCCCUUUGAUUGGCCCCGGCUGUGGUCAGUUGACCACCUGUACUUCCUGUUUGCUAUCGUCGCCGGUGACAGAAUGUGGCUGGUGUGAUGGACGCUGCACCAGAGCCAAGCAGUGUCCUUCCUCCUCUGUAUGGACCCAGGACUAUUGCACACCUGUCAUCACUAAGGUUUUUCCAACCUCUGGACCAAUACGAGGCUCCACAGCGGUGACAAUGUGUGGCCGCAACUUUGGCUUCGACAAAACAGAGAGCUUCAAGGCCUCUCUGGUUACAGUGGAGGUGGCGGGAGUUCCCUGCAAACUGUCCAGACUGGACAACAUUAACAGGUGGACUGAGAUGCAGUGUUCCCCAGUGUUCAGUGGGAACUUCACCUCAUCAGGACACACAGUGAAGGUCACCAGUGGCAACAAGGUAGCCAAGAUGGAGGGCUUCUCCUUUGUGGACCCUGUGAUCCACGAAAUCUUUCCGACAUUCGGGCCGAAGUCCGGAAACACUAUGUUGACCAUCAGAGGAGCCUUCCUGGAUACUGGGAACAAGCGAGAGGUGACAAUAGGGAAAGCAGCCUGUAAGAUCCAAAGCUUGUCGUCCACCAUGCUGACCUGUAAGACGCCUCCAAACGCUGUUCUUUCCAAGCAACCUGUGAAGCUAACGGUGGAUUCGGUGGAGCUCCACACGCCUGUGAUGUUCACGUACAACCAAGAUCCAAUCAUCAACAGCAUCCAGCCCUCACGCUCUUUCGUCAGCGGAGGCUGCACAGUGUCGGCCCAUGGUUUCUUCCUCCAGUCCGGCCUCCAGCCCCAGAUGGUCCUCACCACCGGUCAGGAUGCUGAGGUCUUCUAUGUGAGCUGUGUGUACGGUGAGAACCGAACAUCCAUCCAGUGCACCACGCCCUCUCUGGCCAAACUGGAUCUGCAGCCGCCUGUGGUAACCAAAGUUGCGUUCGUGCUGGAUGGCUACUCCACAGAUCAGUGGGACCUGAUCUAUGUGGAGGACCCCCUCUUCCAGGACCCCAAGCUCACAUCCAAGGACAACAAAAGCAUCGUGGAGCUUAAGGGUGACCAUAUGGACAGGGAGGCAAUGAAAUGUCAGGUUCUGACCGUCUCCAAUCACAGCUGUGAGAGUCUGACUCUGGUUGGAAACACUCUGGAGUGCACCGUCCCCACCGAGCUACAGGCCGCCACCUCCAAGGAGCUGCAGGUGGAGUGGCGUCAGGCAGACACCAUCAAGCAAUUGGGCAAGGUGACGCUGGCUCAGGAGCAGGACUACACGGGCCUGAUCGUAGGCUGCGUGUGUGUCAGCCUGCUGCUGCUGCUGCUUGGAUCGCUGCUCAUGUGGAGAAGGAACAAACACAUUGACGAUCUGUCUGAGGUGUGGUAUGAUGGCCGGGGUCACAUCCAGCAUCUGGACAGGCUGGCUAACGCGAGGAGUGUCAGCCCCACUAACGAAAUGGUCUCCCACGAGUCAGUCGACUAUAGAACAACCCUGCUGGAGGAUCAGGGCACCGACAGGCCCGAGACAUGCCGGGCGGCUCCUCCUAUCUACGGCGGCAACGGGGAGCUGCUUUCUCCGAGACUGGGGGCACUGGGAGGUGGGAUGGGGAUGGGUCUGGGAAUGGAGGGAGAGCUGGUGUCUCCCCUACUGAUGGCCCCAGUCCACAUUGACCCGUCCUGCCUCCACCCAGAUCUGCUGACUGAGGUGCAGCACGUAGUGAUCGCCCGCGAGCAGCUGCUGCUUCACCUCAACCAGGUCAUCGGCAGAGGUCACUUCGGCUGCGUUUUCCAUGGAACUCUACUCGAGCCAGACGGGCAGAAGCAGCACUGUGCUGUCAAGUCUCUGAACCGUAUCACGGAUCUGGAGGAGGUGUCCCAGUUCCUGAAGGAGGGCAUCAUCAUGAAGGACUUCAGCCACCCGAACGUUCUCUCUCUGCUGGGAAUUUGUCUGCCACCAGAGGGCUCACCGCUCAUGGUUCUGCCCUACAUGAAGCAUGGCGACCUGCGCAACUUCAUCCGCGAUGAAGGACAUAACCCAACAGUGAAGGACCUUAUGGGCUUUGGGCUGCAGGUGGCCAAAGGGAUGGAGUACCUAGCCAGCAAGAAGUUUGUCCACAGAGACCUAGCUGCCAGGAACUGCAUGCUGGAUGAGAGCUACACGGUGAAGGUGGCUGACUUUGGCCUAGCCAGAGAUGUUUAUGAUAAAGAAUAUUACAGCGUCCACAACAAGAGCGGAGUCAAGCUGCCUGUCAAGUGGAUGGCUCUGGAGAGUCUGCAGACACACAAGUUCACCACCAAGUCAGAUGUGUGGUCGUUUGGCGUGUUGCUAUGGGAACUAAUGACCCGUGGAGCCCCACCAUAUUCGGAUGUGAACUCCUUCGACAUCACUGUGUUCCUCCUGCAGGGGAGGAGGCUGCUGCAGCCUGAGUUCUGCCCUGACGCUCUCUACACGGUGAUGAUUGAGUGCUGGCAUCCGAAGCCGGAGCGACGGCCCUCCUUCUCUGAGCUGGUGUCCCGCAUCUCCGCCAUCUUCUCCAGCUUCAGUGGGGAACACUAUGUCCUGCUCAAUACCACCUAUGUCAACAUCGAAAAGAUGAGCCCUUACCCCUCCCUCCUCGCCUCCACCACCACUGCUCCCUCCUCUUUGUCCUCUUCAUCUGACCCCUCCACCUCCACGUCCCUGCCAACCCAGUCUCCCCUCUUUUGCCACGUGGAGAGAGACUGCUGCACCUGAGAGAGGAUAGCGGAGGGAUGGUGGAAAAAGACUGAGAACAAGAGCAAGGAAGAAAGCAGUGAGGUGAUGAAGAACUACUGUAUGGACUUGCCAAACACUGGACUCUGUAUGCUGAGGAAAAACUGUUUUUGUUCACUCAAUGUACAUAGAUCGUCGACCUUUGAUCCCCCUGAGCAUUGCUACACGACAGGUUCCUCCCUGAACGACAUGGCUAACCUUAUAGACCUUUCCUGACCUUUCAUUGACCCCAGGGAGCAUGAGGUCAGCUUCCUGUGUCCUCUACAAGAUAAUUACAAGGCGCAGAAACUCCUCCUCAAAGAUUCCCAGCGGACAAAGCCACCGUCACAGAAGCACAAUUCAUCAAACACCCAAAAAAAUCUCAUUGACUGCUGUACCCACACAGAGAAGGGAUCGAUUUUCUGCUCCUCACUGGGUGGCAUGUGCUUCGAUAUACACGGAUCUGGCUAGAACAUUUUUUGCUGUCUGUAAUGUGAAUGUUUGACAAAUGGCCAUGUAUUGUGUCGUGUAGAAAACGUCACACUUCCUGCGCCUUCACUAAAGAGAGAGACUGAAGCCUGCUUUGACAGAUUGAGGCGCCUCGGGUCAGUAAACCAAGGCGCUGCGGACAUCGAUGAUGGCAGUGUAGGUGUAAGGUGGGACGUGUGAAAAAAAAUCCUGCUGCCUGUGUGCAGUUCACUGGAUGCUUUAUUUGUAUAAUUGCAUUUAGACAAUUUGCUUUUGAUGUGCUUGGAAGAAAAAAAAAGCACCUUGUGUGACUCACCUGUGUGAAAUCUCCAGAUGUUUUCAAGGAAAAGAACGCCUUUUCUUUUCUUUUUCCUGAAUCGUCCCAUCGUGUCAAAACAGUAUAACUGACAGCAUGCACACACCUGAAAGCUAUGACAAAUGACAAAUGAGAACCAUGUCUCGGGCUCAGUGCAUGUCAGAUCUGUCUCUUUAUCUUGCAUUUCAUUGACAGAACUGUACCUGAAAAAAAUAAUACCUAGGCAAAGGACAUACAUGCUUUAACCAGAGGCCUAAAAGUUCAUCUUUAACAUGUCAUUAAUGAAAUAACUUUUGGUCAAAAUUUCAACAGAAAGCUUUUCCGUAAAGAGCUUUGAGUAUAGCUUUUACCUCAAAAAGUUCCAUAUUUUCGUCUGGCUUCAAACCAGGAGUGUUGUUAUGCGACUAUCAGUGACAGCUGUAUAUCACUGUAACUUUAUGACAACUGUCCAUUGAGUCAUUAUGAAGAAAUGUUUUAAUGUUAAAAAGUCACAAGUGUGUUUGCAAAUUUUAGCUACUUAACCACAACUCAUGUAGAAUUUGCACUUUUGUUGACCAUUUUUGAAAAACUUUUUCCCCCCAUUUCAGGCAGCCUUCAGCUCAUCUCUGUACAGUAUGAAAAUCAGGUUCUUCAAAUUUGCUCGAGUUUGUCAUCCAUCACAGUCAUCAUCAGGUCUACGUUAAGUUUCGUCGGGUAUUGUUGUGUGGUAAUGUAGUUCAAGUGCAGAUAGUGUGUACUACAGUACGUGAUACAGUAAUGUAGAGACGUGCCGAUAACUUUUCACGAUUGAAUACACAAAUGCCAAUUUCUGAGGCUCCUGAGGAUUCAUUUUCGGGGGUGCAUGUUUUCAUAUAUUGUGUAAACAUCCUCAUCAGUUUGCUGUAGUAAUCUACUGGCGAUGCAUUUUCUAUAUUCUAUGAUAGGUUACACAACUGAGGCUACUUUAAAGAGUUCUCAUAUUGUGCUGAAAUGAAUGGAAACUGAUGGCUGCUUUGAACAAAAGAAAACACAUGAAAUUUUCUAAAACACAUAUGUCUGAUUUAAGGUUAGCUGUGAUGAAGAUUAUGUAUAAUUUGUUACAAAUGUGCUAAAACUUGCAAAUCAAUGCUGAGGUCAGUGCCCCCUUUUCUGUUUGCUUUGUGUAGCAAAUGAUGUUUUUUUUUUUGUUUGUUUUAUCUAAUGGCUGCUGACUGGGCCAUUGACGGACAGGUAUGAAUGUUUGCUAUGACAAGAAAAUUGCUGUACUAUAUUUUUGUAUUGAUGAUGAGCUUCUUCAUUUAAAUCUGGUCCAAUUGGAAGACCAGUGAAGAGUGAAUAGUGCCAUGAACAAUGAACAAAGCCACCUAAUCAAUCUUAGACGGACCACUGCCAUUUUGUAAAUAAAGAUAGGGGAUCGUAUGGAUCUGUGUGGGCUUGCAGCAUGCAGAGCCGUGCAUCUGUCUGAUGAACGUGUGGGCGGAUGCUCUUUUAGCUCCUGAUCAUUUCAGUUAACAUCUCUUUGCAAACAGUAAAGACCAUAGUGCUGAGCAAACUGGAGCCUCCUCACAACCUCAUGACACAUACAGACUGCUGUCAUUUUGGUCAUAUGAUUCUCCAACACUUUGUCUGUGCUUAACACUGUCUGUUCUGUGUGUGUGUAAGUGUGUGUAUGAUUUUGUUGUACAUAAAAAAUCCUGAAGGUACAUGUUCCUAUGUAGUGUCAAAUCAACUCUGUCAGUGUAAUAAAGCUAUAUUAUUGCAGUUA